AAAGUACUCGAUGUAUAGUUAAAAAAUGGGAGGGCACACUUGAACCGAGCUGCUCUAUGAAGGUAGGCUGCAGCGUGUGUUUAUUGAUGAGAUGAAAAGAAGAUGGAAGUGAGAAAUGAAACAAAGUAAAGGAACAUAUUAAAAAAAAAAAAGAACAACAACUCAACGCGCUUCGUCGGGGGGGAGCCGUGGAAACGCUGUCGCCACUUUUUGAACGAGCUUCGAAGUGCAGAGCAACACAUGAUUUGGACAGAGAGGACUGACAGCCUUGCCUAGCACCAGGCCUCUGAUCAGCCAUCUCCACCAGCAAACUGAAGCUUGACCCGCACUUCAUCACCAGCCACACAAGCAUCUUCGUAACAAAACGUCAUCUAACUGUGACAUCAGUUGCAAGGGGAUGACCGAGCGCAUUCAUAACAUCAAUCUUCACAACUUCAGCAAUUCUGUACUUGAGACCCUCAAUGAGCAGCGCAACCGUGGGCACUUCUGUGACGUGACUGUUCGGAUCCAUGGAAGUAUGCUGCGAGCUCACCGGUGCGUGCUGGCUGCUGGAAGCCCCUUCUUUCAGGACAAGCUGCUCUUGGGCUACAGCGACAUUGAGAUCCCUUCUGUGGUCUCAGUACAAUCCAUCCAAAAGCUGAUAGACUUUAUGUACAGUGGGAUUCUGCGGGUAUCUCAGUCAGAGGCUCUGCAGAUCCUUACUGCUGCCAGCAUCCUUCAGAUUAAGACCGUCAUUGAUGAGUGCACACGCAUCGUGUCCCAGAAUGUUGGCCUGGCUGGGCCAGGGGGGUUCCCUGUUAUACCAGGAGAUUCUGGUCAGGAAACACCCCGUGGCACUCCAGAGUCUGGCACCUCUGGCCCCAGCAGUGACGCAGAGUCAGGUUAUAUGCAAGCAACAUCACAGCAAAACAUGGAUCGUGCAUACACAUCUCUGUACUCCUACCCUGGCCUCUCUCUGCAGAAUGGCACCCGCGAGCGCCCCCUUUACAUUAACCCUCUGUCAACAAAUUAUGAUCCGACUCUUAGCACUCAGAAGGACCAGCAAUCUCAAGAUCCACCCUGGAUAAACCGUAUCCAGGAAAGAUCUCAGCAGGUUGACCGCUUCAUCUCCACAGCAGAGUCCACUCACUGCCGCAAGCAACCACGACCGGUACGCAUACAAACAGGAGGGGUGAAAGUAAAGCAGGAAGAAGAAGAUGAGUACAGCUGCUAUGAACCUAUGGGGGACUGCCAGGAUGACACUGACCAGACUGAGGGUGUAGAGAGUGAAUCCAAGGUUGAAAGUUUUGACUCAGGGGUGAGCUCCUCCAUUAGUACUGAGCCAGAUACAAUGGAGCAGCAGCCAUACCUGACUGGCUUUAGCCGAGAGGGUGGCGGGGACGGGCAAAUUGAAGGAGCUCCAGUGCAGAUAGAGGUCAAUGACUCGUCCCCUGAGCAAGUGCAAGACACAGAGGACGGGGACACAUCCCACAGCACUAGUGAUAGUAGCAUGAUGCAGCCCCUGCAAAACUCAGUCAAACUCAGCCCUUUGUCCCAGUACAUGCGCCAGCCAGACACCAGCAAUCUAAGGAUGCCGCUCACAGUGACCAGCAAUUCCCAAGUGAUGGGCCCUGCUGGAAGCACCUUCCUGCCCACACUCUUUCCUACACAGCCGGCUAGAGACCACAAGCCUUUCCUUUACCUUCCUGGCCAGCAGCAACCCCAGUUUGUGGCAGUGCCGCCCCCUGCAAUGCCAUCAUUCCCCAACCCCAUUUCGGUACAGCAAACGCCAGCUCAGCAGCAACAGGCUGCAGGAGGAAUUGGUCAGGGGGAAAAGAAGCCCUAUGAAUGCACUCUCUGCAGUAAAACCUUUACUGCGAAACAGAACUACGUCAAACACAUGUUUGUCCAUACUGGUGAGAAGCCUCAUCAGUGCAGCAUCUGCUGGCGCUCUUUCUCCCUGAAGGAUUACUUAAUAAAACAUAUGGUGACACACACGGGGGUGCGGGCCUACCAGUGCAGCAUCUGCAACAAGCGCUUCACCCAGAAGAGCUCUCUCAACGUCCACAUGCGGCUGCACCGUGGAGAGAAGUCCUAUGAGUGCUACAUCUGCAAGAAGAAGUUCUCACACAAGACCCUGCUGGAGAGGCACAUGGCCCUGCACAGCACAGCCAGCGCCAUCACCGGGCUGUCAGGGAGUGCAGGUACCCCAGGUCCUGUCUCCAUUCCCAUACCUAUGGCUGUCCCUGAGCCUGGAGCUGGAGUGGUUGCCCUCGCCAUGCCAGUAAGUGGAGGUGCUGGAGUAGGGGCUGGGGUUGGAACAGGAGUGGGUGUAGCUGCAGAAGCGAGCUGCCAAGAAGGGACCACCUACGUAUGCUCCGUCUGCCCUGCCAAGUUUGACCAAAUGGAGCACUUCAAUGACCACAUGCGAAUGCAUGUCUCCGAUGGAUAAGUACAACUAGAUAAACUUCUUUCAAAAAGAAUGACAAAUAAAAUGGCACUAGAUUUUCCUUUUCUUAUUUUGAGGUAUGAAGAGUAAUGAGUAUAGACACUGGCACAUUAAGUUUCCCAAAAAAAAAAAAAAGAUUUUUUUUUCUGUUAUUCUAAAAGAAAAAAAAAAGAUGGUGGCCUUAAGGCUUAGUAGUUUGAUAUUGAUCUACUGGAUGGAUCCUAACUACAGGCCUCUAAAUGUAUGCUUUCCUAAAAUACUGAUUUAUGUGUUGAACACUACCGAAAGGCCUACGAAAGAAACACAUACACACAAACACACCUUUUGUGUCGACAUGUCUGAAUGAAUAUACAUGUAUGUGUUUGAACGUUUGUGUAUUUGCCUGUGUCCGUUUAUCCAACUGUGUGUGUGUGUGUGUGUGUGUGUGUGUGUGUGUGUGUGUGUGUGUGUGUGUGUGUGUGUGUGUGUGUGUGUGUGUGUGUGUGUGUGUGUGUGUGUACAUUGCCAUGAAACAUAUAUCAUGGCAGUUGUGAACCCAUAUUGACCAGUUUGGAAACUAUAGAUGUCCAAGCUUACUGUGGUAUAAUUUACAACAACAAUAACAAGAAAAAAAAAACAUCUGGGGUUGGGCUACGUAUUCCCUCUAAAAAUACUGAUGGUCACAAGAUUGCCUUCUUAUAUUAAAUAAAAUAAAGGAGAGUAGUUAAUUUGACACUGGGUUUUAUUUAUUCCUAUUGUAUUAAGGGAUUAUAAUGCAGCCAUUGUCAAGGUACCAGUUUCAAUCAUUUUACUGAAAUGUAACUUCCUAUCAAUGGUGAUGGGGACAAAUAUUUCUCACAUGCUUUAUAAUUAUUGUCCAUGCAUUCUGAUGGUAAAGAUGACUAAAUUAUGGUGUGUUGAUGAGACAGUAUUUGAGCAAAAAUCUGUUUCUUUUUUUCUGAAGUUUGGAGUUUAACUCAUUUGCAUACACUGCCACUAAUAUCUUAAAAAGACUGUUAAGGCUAGUAGACCUCUUCCAUGUCAAAACAUAAGAAAAAAAGAAAGAUUGUUUUUGCUGAUGGUUUUUAUUUAGCCUUUUACAUUCAUAGUUUUUUGGCAGGUUGGAAUAUGCGACUAAACUCUCUCCUUCAUAAUUGCUGCUCCUCAACUUGCACCUGACUGUUAUGGGAUAUAGAUUAAAAAAAAAAAAAAUUGUCACUUCAACUAUUGUUGUUAUUGAGUAGCCUACAUGGUUUUAAUUUGAUAAUUGAAUUUGAAUCUUGGGGAGGGGUUAGGCUAGUUGUUGAUUGAAACAGUGUUGUUUAGGAGUGGAUAAUUUAAUUUGAAUCAAAUUUGAAAUGAAAAUAAAUGUCACCCCUGAUCUCAGAUUACCUGUAUAACCUGUUUAAUAGUAUUGCAAAGCUGUUUGAGCAGAUGGGAGCGAAAUGCAUUGCUUUUCAUGUUCUAGCUCUCCCUGAAGGCUCAAAUAGUGCGCAAUGUUUUUGAAAGGAAAUACAGUCUGAAAGCAAAACAAGUAGCUCCAUUGACUGAUUGAUAUCACACUGUUUCAUGAUAUACCACAAGUUGCAAAUGGACUUUGUAGACAAUAGCAUACAUUCCUAAUUUUACUAAAAACUAGACACAGCAUGUACAGAAUAGAUUUGGAAGCUAGUGUGUGCAAGUUGUCAUCCAUGCAUCACAUCACUUAAGGCUCAUUUCUGAUAUUUCAAAUUUUUUUUUAUUGCUUUUUAUCCAAAAUAGGACACACACAGACACACACACACAGACACGCACACUCACAAACUCCGACACACACGCAACUGCCUGCAACUGCAAUCUGAAGGAUUUGCUCAUUUAUGUGAGCAAACACUUUCGUAGUUGUAUUAUUAAAAGAAUAACUAACUGCAUACAGGGGUCUUAAAAAGACCCACUGUCGAUUUUAAAAAAAAAGUGCUAUUUUGCACAUUUUCUUAAAAUGCCUGUGCUUGAUAUUUAAUCAUUUUCCUUAAAUGAACUAUGAUUUUCUUUUAUUCAAUUUCAAAGGAAAAAAAACAUUUUUUUUUUAAAUCUUGAUAAGUGGACUGCAUUAUUUUCUUGCAUAUAUGUUGCACUGCUUAAACCAAUAAGUGCACUACUGUUAAGAGAGAUAUUAUAGUUUUAGAAAAGAGGAUUUUUUUGAAAUCUAACAUUUGGUUGUAGAGUUCACAUGUAAUAGAAUAGCUUUGUUUCAAUUUCUUCAUUAAGUAAUUCAGCGAUUCUUGGCUUUUGUUAUUGCUUGCAGUUACCUACAGUAUAUACUUGUGCCGUGUUAAUGCAAGCACCUAUUUUUAUUUAAACCUGUACCAUUACGUGUGCUCAUCUAUGUUUUAACCUUUGAAUUCACUCUUCUAUGGAGUCACUUCCCUAUAAUAGUUUAUUCAAUUGCAUUUCUUUAGUAACAGAGCAGAAUUUUCCUAUGAGAACAUCAAAGCCAAACAACAUUAACAGUGAAACAACAACAGUAAUAAUAGACAAACUCCCAUCCAACGCUGUUGGCGGAGGUAAAAAUAAUAAUAAUAACUAUUAUUAUAUUAUUGACAUUAAAACAUUUAUAAAGUGUGUGUGUGUAACAUAAAUGAUACGUGUCCUAGAACAAGUUUUUCUGUGGGUUUAAAGGUGUAGGGAGGUGAUGGAAUGCAGCUUCUUUGAUAUCUGUCCGUCAGUUGUACACAGUUGUGUCCCUACCUUAGUCUUUGUAUGUCUGUGAGUGUCUGUGUGUGUGGUAUAUAGCCUAAUCAAAUUGUUGAUAAGUGGAAUAUCUGAACUGUAGGGCUUCCUUUGCAAUAUGCAGCGCAGGUACUAUGAGAAGCAGCUCUCCAAACAUUUUUGGGCUAGUAAGGCACCUGUAACAGUCGUUCUGAGAUUUUACUCAAGCUUUGGUCAAGUACUGUUGACUUCACUGUACCGGAUUGGAGAAGUUAUGUCAAGCAUUUUUGAUGCUAAAUUCCAUAUAAUUGCUACUAGAUUUCACAUCAGUGUGGAGUCAGUUUCAGGUGAAGUCGAGUGAUGAACAUGUGAGACCCGGAGAGAUCAGUGUUCUGGUUUCUCCUCAUCUAAAACAGAGAUAUAAAAAAGAAAAAGAAGAAAUGCAAAUAUUGGCCACACCUGAGAAAUACACUGAAAAACCGUGAGGUUAGUCCUCAGUAAAAGUAGCACAUUAUUUAACGUUUGAUUGGGCCCGUCUCCUACGGUGUGCAUAUAAGCCUAAACUAUAUGGUUCCUGUUUGUAGCUGUUGUUGCCAGGAUGGCAAUAUUGCUGCAUGCUAGUGCUCUAUUUGUCUCUACACAGCACGUGGAGGGUAAUCUCAUGCCUUAACAGACAAUGCACUAAAUAGAAAUAUGUAAGCAACUGCCGAGAUCUCUUUCCAACAGUAUUGCCACAUGUAUGGCACACAGCUCAUGAUGUUGGUGUUUGUUGUCUGUUCAGUACCAAGUAAACACUGCCAAACUAACAUCAUCACUUCUUUAACAGCAAAGGCAGACACAUUAAUCAAAUUGUUUCAGUGUAAUGUGUGUAUUCAGUAAUCUAGCAUUCCUUCAUGGCACCUAAAUUUUACAUAUUUUGUGUGAACACAUAUAUCAAAUGCACUAUUGACUGUAGCUAGAUGAGUACAACCAGCUUUGUGGUAUCAUUGGUCUAAAUAGUAGGUUAAGUAGCUUGAUGUUGUUUUUUUGUUUUGUUUUUUUCCAAAUAUUUGAUUUCAGAAUUACACUAUCAAUCGUUUCUCUAUCACUUUUUUUGGAAUAACAAAAGUAGCCAAUCUCAGCAUUAUCUGGAUGAGGGCUAAUAACUCGUCCCGUCGUCAGUUGACUUCUUGUAUCAUAAGGUGUUUGAUAGCAGACCAGGCUCGGAAGGGGAAGAAACUUCUCUCCAGUGUGUCAUAACGUGCUUAUAGCGUGCCCAGACUUUUUUACCCCCCCCCCCUUCCCCUGUUGGAUUAGCAUCACAUGCUCUUCACUGUCCAUAGUUAUAUAUUCCUUAUACUGCUUCAGAUACUCGUGGUGGUGCUUAAUUCUCUUUUCUCAGUGUUGCAAAAAAAAAAAAAAAAAAAAAAGUCGGUUAAAAAUUGUUGAAAAGUUGCAACAUUAUCCAGAAAAAAAGUCCUUAUCUCAAUCGUGCUUCUUCUAGUUGUUAGACUAGACUUUAUGUUUGCAAAGUGUACGCAUAUUUUCCUGAACAAAACAUAUUGAAAAGUAGAUAAUAGUCUUGAGCCUGCAGCUGUUUGUAUUGUGUUUCAGAUAUAUUCCUGUUUAUGUUUUGUUUAUCGUAGUGUAGAGACACAGGGUCUACAGUACAUUGUUGUCCUUCUUGCAGUAAGUUUAAUUCAUUGUUAUACUUCUUUAUUUCGGAGUUCCUUCUGCUUUUCUCUGGUGGUCAUAGUGGUGUUGUUUAUACAUACAUAGCUUCGCGCGACUGGGUAAAGAAUAGUCGGUUAUUUUUCACAGUGUACUAUAUAUAUGCAUAUAUGCUUUGCAUUUAGUUGAAAACAAGGAAAUGGAAGAUAGUAAUGGUGAGGGUGAUACUGAGUAAGGAACAGGUUCAUUUUAUUCUGAUAAGCAUGUGUCUGUCUUCCUGUUUGUCUUUAAGUCUGUCUCCACACAUUUUAAGUCCGAUUUCUGUUAUUUAGGCAUGAAUAAAGUCACAAAGUAGAAAACACAUGAACGCAUUCAUAUAAUACUUAACAGCAUUUUUGUCCUUCAGUACAGUACACAUAAGAAUGAAAUAGAUAACUUCUUACAAAUAAACUAUAUAUAUUUUAAGUAUCACCAUCUCCACACAGAUAAAGAAUACAUUUUCAGAUAGUUUGAUAAAAUUGCAGCUAGAAUAUACAAUACCUUGUGUGAUAUAGGGAGUAUGCCUAUCAAGUGCCUAUCAGUACAUACAGCAACUAUACAGAAUAUUCAUAGUUUUUCUCUCCUACAUUGCACAAAUACAGAAUAUACACAGUGGACUAAUAAAAAAAAAAAAUACUAUUUAUACUAUUACUGCUAAAACCUGGUGGUUGUGAGUGCAUCCUAAGAGAACCCUUUAAAUACCUGAAAUGCUCUAUUCAUAUACAGUAAAGACUACAUCUGCUAGUUUUAUUUUUUAACUUACAUGUAUACAGUUUGGAGGAUGAAAAGAUUUAAAAUGCAAUCACUUACAUAUCUGAAUGUCUUCAUAAAAAUAUGCAAAUACUCUUAGAUUGUUUAGAUGGCAAUUGGAAAUAAAAUAUGAAAUCUUAAUAUUGAAUAGCCAUUUGUUUUUCCUGUGACAUUGCUCUCUGUCAUAGAUGAGGCUUUUUUUUUUUUUCAACUUUUCACAUUUGCAAACAAGCCAUAUACUGUAAUGUACUGUAUGUUUGGGGAGAAAGGGCAGUGGCAUUUUGUGAACAGCAGGGGGAGCCACACAUCAGCCAGAAGAGGUGAAGUUUACACACUGCCUGCCACAGUGGACAAGAAAAAAAACAAGUUAUAUUGAAUAUUUUCAAAUCUCUUUGUUGGUAAUUAUUUCUGUUAAUUUUUUUAUAUUAUAAUAACAUCAAUAGGAAUGCCAGUAGUUACCUCUGUUGGGGCUUUCUUUACAUGAAUGAAAUGGUUUGCAGUCUGCAGGAUCUGAAAGCUGCUUUAAGGUUCUUAGUUGGUUUCAAAGUACACUGUGUGCAAAUCACACUAGGUGUGCUUUGACCUUGAUGGCAGGCCCGUCCAAAUGCAAGCCAAUGCCCAAUUUCCCCACAAUGAUCAUUAAAGUUUUAUCUUAUCGUACAGCCUUGUUGUUGAUGUACAGCUUGAAAUUGUAAAGGAGCAACGAGCAAUGUGGAAAAGGAAAAAAAAAAAAAAGUAACUGGUUAUUAAACAUUAUACUGGCUGAUUUUUAUGACCACAAUUUGGAAAUAAAAUGAGAUUGCAAAUUGAAAGUUUUGGCUACAGAUAAACAGCGCUUUCCUGAACAACGGUCUUUAGGUGGUUGGAUGAAAAAAAAGAAAAGAAAAUACAGUAGAAUAAAAAAAAAAAACACACACACACACAAAUCAAGUUUCAGGACUGAGUGGCUGCUAGAUAAAAGGCUUUGUGAUGGCUUAUUAUUUUGUCCCCUGUGGACUAAUUACCACAGUUUUCUCUCUAACCUUCUCCAGCCUAGUUACGGUGCCAAAUUUGGGGAGGAUGAGGGGAGACUUUAAAUGAUAAAAUUAUAACAGUAAGAAAGAAGCAGAGAAAAAGAAAAAGAGAAACAAAUCUUUUUUUUUUUUUUUUUUUUUUUAUGUGAGACAUUUUGUAACAUUAAAUGCAGCAUACCAAAAGCAAGUGAUUGCCUCUAUUUUGAAUCUUUGAAUCCUCCAUAAUGCAUAGUUUUCAAUUAAAUUAGGAGAAAACAGCUAUGAUUAACAAAAACACACCUAGUUUCAUAGACAUUUACUGUUAAAAUGAAGCAUUACAAAUAUAGGCAAUGUGAUAUAGCUAGUCCCUGUCAUCCAACCGUCACACUAUGACAUACUCAGAAAACAGCGUCCAUUUUUUUUUUUUUAUUUAAGGGUUUUACAGACAUAAUGAAGCAGCUCUUCAGAUUUUCAAGUAGGCACAGCUAUACUAAGCUAUUGCAAUAUCUAGAUUUUAUUUACUAUUCUCCGAACAUGCAGUUAUUACUCUAUCCCAGAUGUGUUUUUUUAAUAAAACAUCAUCAGGUAACUACCAUCGAACAGUCCAAAUGAAGCAUGCAGUCCUGUCUACACAGCUUUUUUCUGGUGGGGGAGCACUUUGUUUUUUUAAGAGUCCCUCGAUAACACACAUUCGGUAUCGUUUCUUUAUCACACUGAUGAGGGGGACUCAGACUCUGAAGACUAAACACUGAGCCUCUUUGUGUUCUCGGUCACUCUGGUCUUUUUGGCUUAGUUCAACUGGAUGAGAUGAUUAGGUUUUAAAGUGUGCAGCAGCGUAACUAAAAACAUGCAUUCCUGUUUAAGACCAGCACAUUCCAACUUUUAGUCUGGCAUUCAUUUUCCACACUUAACUAACCCGACAUGAAAGAGAAUUCCCAGCACUUAAUUGUUUUUUACAAAUCUGUUGAAUAGUCAAUCGUGUGGCAGCAAACGCUGCUUAUCACAUGUUUAGGAAAAUUUACAUUUCCCUAAAAUUUACCCACUUUUUUUUUUUUUUUUUUAAGAUCUCAUCUAUCUCAUCAUUUAUUUCAAACUUUGCCAUGAGAUCACAAACCUUUAUAAGCUUUGAGCACAGCUUACGCUUGUGUGGACUGGUUUUAUAGACAACAUACACAAUGCUAUCGUUCUGUCUCUCUCUGUGUGUGUAGGUCACACUCUAAUAAUGCAGAGACACACAAUUAAAAAAUAAAAUAAAAUAAAAAGCAAAAAAGAGAAGUCAAGGUUCUUCACCGUGAUGUUGGCUGUGAUCUCAGCCAGCACAUAUUCUGCCAUCACCGAAGACUUAGAUGAAAAGUUUCAGCACUGUAUCUUCAUAAAACGGGCAGGUGGGGGUAAUUUGCAAAAAACGGGGGCCAUGGUAAUCAUUAGAAGCUAAAUAAGACACACACACACACACACACACACACACACACACACACACACACACACACAAAAACGUACUAGACAAUGUUUGUUGACAAACCAAAGAAAGGUUAGGACAAUUUUAAGUUUUUGGAGAAAUUAAUUUUUCUUUUUAAUGUGUACGGGGCUCCUACAAUUGGGCUAGAUUGCCACAGUUAUUAUUAUUAUUAUGAUUACUAUUAAUAUUAUUGAUUUUCUUUGUUUUUAAUCUCAUGGCAGGGUGCUUGUGAAAAUGCAUAUAUAUUUUGUCACUUGUUUAUAGUUUUGUGGUUGUGUUAAUUUGCCUGUUGUAGACCAAAAUAGUUUUUUUUUUCUUUUUUUUUUUAUAAGAAAUGCAACAAAACAUAAAAAUGAAUCUGACACAAUAGCUGUGAUGUAAACUAUUGCAUGUUAAAACAUGUAUAAGAUUGUAAAUCUUGCAUUGUUCCUCUGGCAAAACAUAUUAAUUAUUGGUUAUGUUGUCUAUACACGCAUUUAGCAGAUCAGUGUACACCUUUUCACCUUCACAUUGGAUUGUGUCUAAUAUAUUUAAAGCUGUCCCUAGAAUACUAAUCUGACAUUGUAACUUAGAAUAUAUUCAGCCAUUUAUACUUGAGAUGGACCAAGAUGUUAAGUUUGCACAUAUUUGUAAGGUGUUUAUUAAGCCAAAAAAAAAAAAAAAGAAAAAAAAAAAAGAGGAAAGCGAAAAAUUAUACACAACUUUAAGUCUCGACAAUUCAAAUCUAGUUGAGGUGCUCAUGAACUAUGAACAAAUAUUCUAGACCUUCAUGUUCACUGAAAGAAAAGCAUCAAAGCCAUCACUGCGUCGUAAAAAUAAAUUCAAACCAAACUGUAAGAUGGAUUUAAACAUGUGAUUAGGUAUUAUUUAUCAAAGCGAUUCAAAGAAAGUAUAUUUUUGUAAUAGCAUCACAUUGUCUGCAAGGAGAAUGUAAAUCAUUUGGCGACAAUUAGUUUUAUAACUGUAAGGUCCAAUUUUAGGUGAAUCUGCUGUAUUUGUUCAUCCUGUGUAUUCAAAAAUAGGAAAUUGAAUUACUGUAAUUCCGGCAGUGUUUUUUUUUUUUUUUACCUGGGCCGAAGAUUUUAAAUCAGAAAUUACAUGCACCCUAUUAAAAAGCAGCUUAGCUUUGUUUUUGUUUUUUUUUCCUUCCAUCAUGCUUUCAGGCUUUUUGCUGCCAUAUCAUGUACCUAGACGCUUUUGUAAACAUGCACUUGAGCUGAACUUUGAGAUGUGGUUAUAAAUAUGUGUAUAUUUUGUCAGGCUUUUUUCUUUCUUUCUUUCUUUCUUUUUUUUUUUCUUUUUUUGCCAACCAUAGCUUUUGAUUUUAUUAUUUCCCUACAAAAAUUACAUCUCUUAUAUAGUUAUGAACUUGGCAGAAGUGGAGCUGUUGUAGUAAAGUUAGUUAACAUCACAACUAAGCAACCCUGAAAUAUAUGCUGCAGUAAUGUGUUCAGUUUGUUUUUGAUAAUUUAUGCUCCAAGUUGGUUUGUAUUUUAUUAUUAUUAUUAUUAUUGUUAUGAAACAAGCUUGUUUGAAAUGUAUUGACUGCUGUUUUAAAAUAGGGGAUAAAGUUUUUGGGGUUUUUUUUUUUUUUUUUUUUUUCAUGUAUGUGCGAGGAUGUUUUUAUAAUAUGAUUUGUCAAACACUGGACUGGAGUGAGUUUUCCAACAUUUCCAAGUUGAGAGAUGUAUUUGACAGACAUAACUGCACAGACAACACCCGUUAGCACAGAUGUGAGCUGACAGACAAAGCACAUCCUCCCCUCUGUACACGGGAGGGUGACUAACAUGGCUGCCAUCCACCCAUUCAAAAUAGGAGUCAUUUGGAUAUAAGGAGUUAAGGCAUUUCCUUUGUGCUGGUUAAUUGCAUUCAGUGGGUGAUGGUUUUAUAUAUAAUAGGAAUUAUUUAUUAGGGAUUUCCUUCAAAAUUGUUGUAUGGCAUAGACUGGUGACAGAUAUUUUUUUCUUUUCUGGAAAAGAAAAACCAUAAAGGGAUACCACUUCACAGCUUUGAGUAGUUAUCAAAAUCACCUGGUAUGUUCUUUCUAUGGUAGAGCAGACAUAACAGUUGCCUCUCAUCACACCUACCACCACUUCUCAAACCAGAUAAGAGAUUUGCACUAGACUGAUUUUGGUCUUACUCUAACAAAAGCAAUAUAAUUCACUCGACACAUAUUUGAACCAUAGUAUCGGACGUUUGUCCCCCGCAGUGGGAAUGCUGAGUAAAUGGUGAUAUUUGACGUGUUUUACUUUGUUUUUCUAUUCAAAGGUACAGAAUUGGUUUUUUAAAUGCACACGACAUCCACGUAUUGCUGUUUGUAGCAGGGUUCUAUUUUUUUCCUUUCUUUCUUUUUUUUUUUUUUUUAACCCAGCAGUACCCUGAGUAUUAGUGUCCAGAUUUGAGGGGCAUUAAAACUGUUGUUUCCUCCUGUGACUGGUUUUGGACAAAUCAAGCAGCUCUUACAGAUCUGAAGUGAGAGUGGGGAUGUUAUGAGGGAAGAAAUCGUUCACCAUGAGUCAGUUGUCUUCAUCACACAGCCAACAUGUUUAGAGAUAAACACAAAUGCCAAAAGAUAAACCCAGCUGUCCACUGUCGUGCACACCUUACCCUUAAAAACACUGGCAUUCAUUUUGUCACUUUCGUGAUAUUUUUAUGGGAUGAUACAAAAAAAAAAUGCUUUAAAGUGAAAGAAUAAUGAAAAAAGAAACCCAAAUGCAUCUUUUUUUGUUUUGUUUUUUUUGGGGGGGGAGGGGUUUGGGGGUCAAUUAACACACCAUCAUUGGCUACUUAUGUAGAGAAUCUGUAUCCACCAAAAUGUAUCAUACAUCAUCCAUUUUUCAAUUACGGUCAUUUCCCAACAGCAUUAAUUAUCGACUUAAACGUCAUUCUAUUUUUCUGAUAAAUAAGUGUAAAUUUUUCAAAAAUUCACAGAGAGCAAAACGUGGCCAUUUUAUCUGGAUGUAGUAGCUUUCCUGUUUUCACCGCUUUGUGGUGUUGUUGAAAGAUGUUGCGGUUUGUCUAAAUAUGUUGCGUGUUAGAGGAAGCAUAAGUAUGUGCCUUCUUGUAAUCUCCUUGGUGAGCUUGUUAUUAUUGAGAAGCUGAAGCCAGCCAAUUGUGUUUGCACUAAAACCAAAUUGCUUUUGUGAUGUAGACUAUUUAAGCAAGCUUGUUGCGUCACUUUAACCGUACAGUAUGCAUGAGGGUGAAAUUGGUAAGUCUAGGGCUAGAGCUCUCAUCUGUUGACCUGUAAACCAGUGCAGCUUAGAGGAUCUUGUGAAUAUAUCUUGGCUUAGUUUCGCAUUUAGUUUUCAAAUUCCAUCUCCUUACUCAUCGAGUUCUUCACAACAGUUAAAAGCAAAAUGAAAUAAAAAAUAGAAAAAAAAAAAAGAAUCAGAUAACACAUACCAUUAUACCGAUACAAUACAGCUUUUACUUUCACAUGCCACAGUUAGAGUUACACAACUGCAGAAGAGAUAUUCAUUUUUUUCUGAAUCCAUGGGAAUGCAUGAGUAUACGAGGUCGCCUCAAGACUAUUGGUCAAAUUAAUUUAGGUUGUUUUUGAAGACUUGUAUUUAUUACAUAUUUUGUUGACAUCUAAGAAAGGCCUACAUGCUUUUGAGUCUUACAAAUGCACCUUAUUCAUGUCAGUCCAUGUGGGGGGAAAAGAAAAAAGAAAAAAAAAAAAAAAAGGCUGGCAGUGUAAUAUCUCUGAUUUAGCACCUUACUACACAGCAUGUUUUCACUUUAUGCCAGUUUAACUAUUCUUCCAUAUGUAUGAUUUCAAAAAUAAAUCUCAUUCUUUGUGAAAUUGUUUCAUGGGAUGUGCCAAAGUUUGGAGGCGAUCUCCCAAGUGUUUAUGCUUAUCAUUUUCUUUUCCUCCUUCUUCAGUUAUAGCAAGGGUAUGUCAAAACUUUCCUAUAACAGUGUGUGGAAUCAAUUUAUCUCAGCAAACAGUAUCAUUACUUGCCAUUUUACAAUAAGCCCUGUAUUUCACAUAUAUUUACCAGUGAUGUGUAUUUGUUAUUAUAAAGAAAAUAGCCGUAAAAGCUUCAUUAUGUUACAUAAUAUUGUGACUUUUUUCGAAAAACUGUGAAGACUUAUCUUGCAUAUACUUUAUACAGAAGUAUUAAGCCUUAAUACAAAAGACUAAAAAAAGUGUGGAAGAAUAAACUGAUUGUUGCUAAGUAAGGAUGAUUUUUGUAAAUGUUACCAGCACUUUUUUUGUAAUUUUCACUCUCUGAGGUAUUGUACAAGUUCAAGCUGUUUGUGAAGUUUGAUUAUGAAGGAAUAAAAACUAGUACUUUCCUGUA